GAUUGGCGGAGCUUUGUAGUUGGCUAGCCAAACAUGCACUGUAAAAGAGAUGAGCAGGAAAACGAGUCGGAGAAAACCACCAGAGUUUAUUUCAAGCUGGGAGCUUAAGGACACACACAGGCCGUUUGGGCAUCCGAGACCUGGUUUUAACUUUGGUUAAAUGCAUCGGUUCUCCAGUCCGCAGCGUUUCUGGAACCACGGACCAAAGCCCCAUGUGGCGUAGAGGACCAAGCAGCUCAUAACUGGACGCGUGCUCAAGUCCUGCUUCUUUCCUGAGGCGCAUGGCAGCAAAGUCCUCAGCAGAUAGAGGUUUUUUUCCUGGCUGAAGGUCAGAGGUGGACCUCUGAACUCCUUUUCUGGGCCUUUUAUAUCUACUGUCAUGCUAGAUUGGCCUGUCUAAGCCUAAAGCAAGGCCACCUGCCUGGUUUCAUAGAGCAUGUCAGCGUUUGGCUAGCUACACAUGGUUUCACACCAGCCCACCAUCUUCCUUCACCAUCUCUGGCCCCUGCAAGGGGGACAAAAACGUCGCCCCUGGUUGUGCGUCCUCCUCUCCCCGUUUAGUUUUCAGUCCAACACACUGACAGUUCCUCACCCUUUCUACCACGUUUGUCUUUCUCCACACUUGAUAGGUAAUAGUUUUUAGAUGCUGUUCAGAGCUGUUUCAUUUGUUUUGAUUCAUCUCCCGUCCUUCCCAUUGUAGCACGUUUUAACCCCGCUCAGCCUCUUUUAAAGCCAAGGCGUGCCUCGGCGAGGACCACCGCAGCAGCAGCAGCUGGAAGCCAAGGCGCCAGGCAGUCGUUUUGGGGCUUGCUUUGGUGCAUGGAAUCAGCCUAACCGUGGAGAGGCCGGGCUACCACAAACUGAUGGACUUUGACAAGCGUGGGGCAGGGGGCGGGGGAGGAGGCGGAGGAAAGGCCGAGGCAGAGGACGGGAAGAGGAUGUCUGGGAAGACGGGGAGCAGAUCGGGACACAGCGGCCGGAGCGCCGGCUCCGGCUCUGGAGUUCUGAUGGUCGGACCAAACUUUCGGGUCGGCAAGAAGAUUGGCUGUGGGAACUUUGGAGAGCUGCGACUUGGAAAGAACCUGUACACCAAUGAAUACGUGGCCAUCAAACUGGAACCAAUCAAGUCGCGGGCGCCACAGUUGCAUCUAGAAUAUCGCUUUUAUAAACAACUGGGAAGUUCAGAGGGCGUACCUCAGGUGUUUUACUUUGGACCAUGCGGUAAAUACAACGCCAUGGUUCUGGAGCUGCUUGGACCCAGCCUAGAAGACCUGUUUGACCUCUGCGACCGGACCUUUUCUCUUAAAACUGUCCUCAUGAUAGCCAUACAGCUGAUAAGCCGCAUGGAGUUCGUCCACACCAGAAGCCUCAUCUAUCGCGACGUGAAACCCGAGAACUUCCUGGUGGGCCGGCCCGGCUCUAAACGGCAGCACACCAUUCACAUCAUAGACUUUGGCCUUGCAAAAGAAUACAUAGACCCCGAGACAAAGAAGCAUAUCCCGUACAGAGAACACAAGAGUUUGACUGGAACUGCCAGAUACAUGAGUAUCAACACACAUUUGGGGAAAGAGCAAAGCAGGAGGGAUGACCUGGAAGCCUUAGGCCACAUGUUCAUGUACUUUCUGCGGGGCAGCCUCCCAUGGCAGGGACUAAAGGCCGACACGCUGAAAGAACGCUAUCAGAAAAUAGGAGACACGAAGCGAGACACACCCAUAGAGGUGCUAUGUGAAAAUUUCCCAGAAGAGAUGGCCACCUAUCUGCGAUAUGUGCGGCGGCUGGACUUUUUCGAGAAGCCCGACUACGACUAUCUGAGGAAACUCUUCACAGACCUGUUCGACAGGAACGGAUACAUCUUUGAUUAUCAGUAUGACUGGACCGGAAAGCCACUGCCAACUCCUAUUGGUCCAGUGGCUACUGAAACCACGCUUCAGACCAGCAACCGAGAAAAGGCACCUCAAACCAAAAAUCAGUCUCCAGAGGGGAAAGGCAGUGAGUCUCAACCCACUCCAGUCACCAACCAGGAGCUGAUGGGCUCCCACCUCACUGCAGAUAGGCUGGGAGGGUCUGUCCAGGUGAUGAGCUCCACCAAUGGAGAGCUGAAUACCGACGACCCUACUGCUGGACAUUCUAAUGCACCAAUCACAGCCAACGCAGAGGUCGAAGUCCCUGAUGAUAUAAAGUGCUGCUGUUUCUUCAAGAGGAGGAAGAGGAAAGCUCUCCAGAGACACAAGUGAAAAGAAGAGACGGGAGAGAAAACGUUUUCGUCUCUCUUUCCUGAAGUCUUUCUCAAGCCAUUUUCAUUGACCUCUCUCUCUGUUGUUUAUCCGCUAGUUUCUGCUCUGGUCUGUAUAGACAGACAGCGAAAGGCUUUACCCGUUUCACCAACCAAUUUCAAAUGUGCUGUCCGUCCCAGCGGUGGACUCUGGUAUUUCUGGCCACGCAUUCAGAUGAAAACGGACCAGUGCCGUUGUCGGGACAAUAAAGGAGCAGUGGACAGACCAUAGAAGCCCAUCAUCAGGCUGGGUUCAGCUGUUCUACUGGAAGACUGACCCAUUUCUUUCUGGCUGUGUUCUUCCUUACUGACUGGAUCAGAAGACAAGUGUAUUUCAGGACAUGCCAACAAGAGGACUUCCAAAGGCACGGGAUGCAGAGACUGCCGGACCAUGUGUGCAAAGAGAACAUGCACACAUAAAUCACGCUGCACAUUUUGUCGAGCUCAUCAUAAAGAGUCUUGAUGGACAGAGAUGCAGUUCUUGCACAUAGUUUUUAUUCCCUGGUGUGAAAGGAGUUGCACAGUGAUCGGACCGGUCCAGGUUGUAUAAUGGACUGAGCUUAGUGUAUGUCUCAUUCACCAUCUGAGGGGAAACCCUCACAACCACCAGAAAACUCAAAACUGAAAACAGAUGUUUAUGUAAAAUUGAUGCUUUACCCCCAGUUUGAGUUGUAACUAAAAUAAGACUGUUCUCUUUUCAGUUUUUUUUUUUUUCUCUCCUUCUGAGUUGUUCAAGUUUGUUUUGUAGCUUCUAGUGUGAUCCUCAGAAUGUAUUUUUUUUAAAUAACUUUUCAGGUUUUGUUUGGUUUCCCUCUUCCGGUUGGAGGAGGGAGAGUUGGAUAAUGCCAUUAAAAACAAAACAAAAAUAAAAGGGAUCUUUAUUGAAGA